AUGACCGUUUCAUUGGUGGCUGUGUCUUUAUCCUUCAUCCUUUGGCAAGCAAUGUAUCAAGACGUUUCCAUCGACGCUCAAUUCUUCUCUUCCACUUUCCAAGGUCCUUUCCGAAUUGUAACAUCACUUGGAUCUCUCCUUCCUAAUGCAUCUUCGCAUAACCCAAAUUCGGUCAAACUCCUCCGGAUUUGA